AUGAAACUUGAAUCUGCUAAAUCUGAUCUGAAGCAUACUUGGAGAAUCCUUAAUGACCUUAUUCGAAAACCAAAAUCUAAAACUAUUUACCCUGAAUCAUUUCAUUUCAAUGAUACUGAGACUGCUGACCCUCAGAUAAUCUCCAACACUUUCAACAAAUACUUCGCCAACAUUGGCGCUAAUCUAGCAAAAGUAAUUCCUAAUACUUCUGUUAAUUUUACUCACUACCUUAAAGGAUCUUACAUGCACUCGUUUGUACUGUAUGAAACUAAUGAAGAUGAAAUAACUAAACUUAUCUCAGAACUUAACCCUAAUAAAUCCU